AUGUCACUUCAUGCAAAAAAGAGCCAGGUUGAAUGCCAGGUAAAAAUUCCAGAUGAUGAGAAAGUAUCGAAAAAGAACGUUGUUGAAAUGCUGAAAAUUGGUGAAAUACUUCGCAAUAGGUAUAAAAUCGAAAAAAGACUAGGCCGUAGUAAUUAUAAUCAAAUUUAUCGGGCCUAUGAUAAUAUUAAAUCUCGACCUGUAGUAGUGAAAAUUGCAACACCAAAAUUAGACCCGAGACGAAUGAAAAUUGAACAAAUGGUUUUAACUUUAUUACGUGGAAAAAAUCAUUUUGUGACAUUGAUUGGUAUGGGACAAAUUCACGAUGUGCCAUAUCUUGUAAUGGAUCUUGUUGGCCGUAACUUGGCUGAUAUACGUGAACAAUAUCUUUCUAAACGAUUACAGCCAAUAACCGUUUAUAGAAUAUCUGCACAAGUGAUAAGUGCGCUACGUGACUUGCAUACUGUAGGAUUUUUACAUCGUAACAUUAAACCAUCAAAUAUUUGCAUUGGUAGAGGUGCACAAAGACGUGUGAUUUAUCUUCUUGAUCAUGGCAUGGCACGGAUGUUUACUGAAAUAGACGGUAGAAUUCGAAAACCGCGCCAUCACGCAGGUUUUCGUGGUACACUACGUUACGUAUCAUUGACAGUACAUUCACGUGCUGAAACCGGUCCACGUGACGAUCUAAUCGCGUGGUUUUAUUCAAUGAUUGAACUAAUUAAUGGGAAACUACCAUGGAGCGGUCUAACUACAGCAAAAGAUAUCGAGGAAUCAAAAAGGAAGGAAACCUUUGAAAGUUUAUGCAAAGAUCAACCAAAUCCAUCUCUUGAAUUUGCUAAAAAAAUAACAUCACUAAAUGCUGCCACCAUGCCAAAUUAUCAAGAGUUAAUUACAAUAUUCAAAACAGUUAAAUAUAAGGAUGAUUCACCGUUCGAAUGGGAAAUACAUAAAUCGUUACUUUUAAUAUUUUAA